AUGGAUACCCCAAAUGUGAGAGAUGAUGAGGUAGUGAAUGAUAAUCAUGUUGUAUUGAUGGGGAAUGAUGAAGAUGAUGUGGUUUUAGAGCCAACGCCGGGAAAUGAUGAUGAUGGGGUUUCAGAUCCAACGUCGGGAAAUGAUGAUGAUGGGGUUUCAGAACCAACACCAGGAAAUGAUGCUGAUGGGGUUUCAGAAUCAACGCCGGGGAUGUUUUUUAAAACUGAGAAAGAACUCAUUUACUACUACAAGCAAUAUGGGAGACAGGCUGGAUUCGGCAUAAUGACCCAAAAAAGUAAAAGGGAAGAUGAUGGGAGUGUUAGAUAUGUAACACUUGGGUGUGCUCGUGGCGGUAAGGCAAGGAAACGUAUUACCAACAUGUCUAAACCACGCCCGACAACGAAGACUGAUUGUAAGGCGAGAAUUAAUGCAGUUUUGGCUGAUGGUGUCUUACGUAUAACUACUGUCUGCAAUGCACAUAACCAUAGGUUAAGUCCACAAAAGGCAAGAUUUUUUAGAUGUAAUCGAGCAAUUGAUGAUUCUGUGAAGAGGCAGUUAGAUAUUAACGACAAGGCAGGCAUAGGUAUGGCCAAAAGUUUUAACGCAUUGGUUGUCGAGGCUGGUGGUUUUGAGAAACUUCCAUUUAUUGAAAAAGAUGCAAGGAAUUAUAUAGAUAAGGCUCGACACCUUAGACUUGGCAAAGGAGGUGCUGAUGCACUUCGUGGUUAUUUUGAGAGGAUGCAGUAUAAGAAUGAUGAGUUUUACUCAUCAAUGGAUUUGGAUGAUGAGGGUUUGAUAUCAAGUGAAAAUACUGAAACAUUUGUUUGGUUAUUUGACACUUGGUUGAAAUGUAUGGAUGAGAGGGCGCCAAAAGCUAUUAUCACUAAUCAAGACAGGGCCAUGAAAAAUGCUAUUGCAAUAGUCUUUCCAAAUACCCGGCAUAGAUACUGUUUGUGGCACAUAAUGAGAAAACUACCAGAGAAGUUGGGCUCACAUGCUGAAUUUAAGUGUGGGUUGAGAAGUGCAUUGCAGAGAUGUGUUUAUGAUUCUCAAAUUUCUGACGAGUUCGAGAAGUCUUGGGAGGUGUUUAUUGACACUUACAAUUUGAAGGAAAAUGCAUGGCUUCAAAGUCUCUAUAGUGAGCGAAUGUAUUGGGUUCCCGUAUACCUGAAAAAUACAUUUUGGGCUGGGAUGAGCACAACUCAGAGGAGUGAGAGCAUGAAUGCCUUUUUUGAUGGAUAUGUACAUUUAGGGACUACGUUGAAAGAAUUCAUUGAUCAAUUCGACAAUGCACUGAGGAAGAAAGUAGAGAAUGAGAUGGCAGCGGAUUUCCACUCAUUCAAUUGCACAGUCCCUUGUAUAUCUCAUUUACCCGUGGAGAAAAAAUUUCAAGCUGUGUACACGAAUUCUAAAUUUAAAGAAGUGCAGUCAGAAGUAAUGGGGAUUAUCUACUCUCAUUGUGUUGUCAUAAAAACAGAAGGGGCAAUUACCACGUAUCAAGUUAAUGACCAAAGGGUAGUUGAAGACGGCAUCAAGAGAUUGGUAGAAUCAUGCAAUUGA